CGUGUGGUUGUUUUUUAAUGGCGGACAGUCGAUUUUUACACAUUCACUGUCAGGCGGACUCUCAAUCUUACCGCGCGCUGGCGAAAACCUGAGGGGAAAUAACGACUUUUAACCGAAAAUAAACAUUUAAAAUCGACAAAUAGUGUAAAGGUGCGUUAAUAUUUCGAUAAUUCGAUCAAAACAAAUCCGUAACAUCCUGUAAGACCCGCCUGACCGCUAGAUGAUGUAAAAGGAGGGAACUUGCGUGUUUUACGAAGCUUGUUCAACUCCUGCGCUUUAACCGUUGCUAAUAUAAACACGAGCUUUCACAUUUAAUAAGACGUUAUCAUUUCAACACUGCAGAUGAGUGAUUGUGUUGGGAGUUCACAUGAAAAAGAGCUCGCAGUUAUUCAUUUGGCUUGAUAUUGAUGGUGAGAAGGCCGCCAAAGGCAAGGAGGAGCCAACAAGACGCUCCGCAAGGUUGUCUGCUAAACCAGCUCCUCCUAAACCAGAACCAAAGGCCAAAAAAGCCGCCCCCAAGAAGGCAGCCAAGGGGAAGAAGGGCAGCAACCCUGCUGAAAACGGAGACGCCAAGGCAGACCAGGCACAGAAGGUUGACGCUGCUGGCGAUGCCAAAUGAGAAGCUAACGAGUGUCUGAUCCUUCUAUGUACUUGGUGACUGUACAGUUUGAAAUAACUAUUUUUUACCAAGUUUUAUAUUAAGAAUAACAUUUAUAGUUGACUUGCUUUUUAUGUACCGAUUGAUUUGACAGGAGUUACUAUAUUUCAUUCAUAUCCAUUUGUAUCCCAUUUUUUUUAAUCAAGCCGUCUAUAUCUUGCCAAAAUCUGUUGGCAAAACGCAAGAAUAUUGUCCUGAGCUUUGUUUUUUUUGCUUUAUCUGUCUUUCUUGGUUUAUCUUUGGAUUUUAAUCACCAAACAUUCUCAAAAGGCAGCUUAAGAGUGUUUGUGAAAUGUUUGCGGAAGGGGUUUCACCAUGUUGUUAGCAUUUAAACGUACAAAUACUGUGUUUUCAUUUUUAGUUUUUUAAAGGAAGUUACAAUGAAAUUGUCACUAGAAGAGAAAAAAAAGGUAAAUAAGGCAACAAUGUUGAAUAAAUGUACAAUGUGAACCUUCGAUUUCUUUAGAGCUGUGUGUUCUGAGCUUGUCUUGUUUAUUAAGUUAUGUUCUGCAACCGUAGAAGGAUAUUCAGUGACUCUUAAAAUGCUUUGUUUUAAAUGGUUUUGAAUAAAAAAAUAAUAAACUGUCCAGAAAAAAAU